AUGUCAUCAUCAUGUCACAUCAACUACUCGACACCACAACGUGAAGCACUGGAAUCAAAUGGCUACCCAUUCUAUCUCGAUGACAGUAACAAUAGCAGCAGCAAUCACUAUAACCCCGUUGUCUACACUGACAAUGACGAUGUUCAACAAUUCCAAGACCUGGGGUCUCCACGUGGCUCAACACUCUCUGAUCUGGACAAUGUCAAUGGUAUCCUGUUGCAUAGUCAUGAAGAUGACGAUGCUGAUGUGAAUAGUGUCAUGAGCAUUGACACCAGUAGUAGUAGCUCAUCCAGCAAUGACAUUGCUGAGGAUCUGGAAGAGACUCUUGUAUUCACUGACGACAUUGAGUCUGAGCGAGAAAAGAGAAGGAACUACAAGUACAACAAAUAUAGCAACAACAGUAUCAACUCUCAGAGUAACAACAACGUAGUGGCAACCAGGUCACGAAGCAACAGUUUGAUGUCAAACUCAAGUGUUAAUGACAUACAACAACAACAACAACAACAGCAGCAGCACAGUUUAUCAUAUCUACUGAACAAUGGAAUGCUUUCACCAAGUCUAUCACCUGUCCUCAAUAACAUCCAUCAACAACAACAACAACAACAACUGAUACUACAACAACAUUACAUUCAACAAUUUGCACAAGACGACAGCCUUAUCAAUAAGCAAUUGGACCACUUUCGUAGAUCAUCACCAACAUCCUACAGACGAUUGAGCAACAGUCAGUCAUCCGUUGGCAUACCUAUAAAUCUAAACAACUCGCCUCUAUCCUUAUCACCACCAACACUUUCCACAACAGCACCAUCAUCCCCAAGUAAACACAACAAUAAUAAUAAUAACUACUAUGGAGGUAGUAAUAGUACAGGCAGUUCUGGUAUCAGUCGACUCAGUGCCAGUGUAGAGACUGGCACCAAGAGACGAUCAUCAAUCUCAAGUGGGAAAUCAUUGGUCACUGAACUUGACUUUAGAUCAAUUAGACGAAGCAGCGAGGACAGCCCAAUAUCAUUGGAUAACAAGGUCAUGGAUCGUGUCAAUACACACAAGCGAGACCUUGCCCUGAUGUGUGAGAGACGUGAUCAUCUCAGGCAACAGAUUGCACAACUAGAAGGAAAGGAGAAUAGCGAGUUUGAAAGAUCAUGUCUUGAUCUACAAAUCAUAAAUCUUUCCAAUGAUAUCGCCACUGUUGAGAGCUUACUGGCAAUAUUUGCACCACAAUCACCUCCUACCAAAUGGAUGUCGCCAAGACUGCAACCACAAUCGACCAACAGCGGAGCAAACACACCUUCUGGAAGGAGAUUCCUUCAGGAACUAAAGCAUGAGCUUCGUCCUUUGGAGAUCAGAGCGGCCGUUCAUGUUUCACCCAGACGCAAUCCUCUCAACUCAAACAGCAACAACCUUGGUCAAUCAUCGACGUCAAUGACAGCCUCAAUGUCUUUGAACUGCUCAUGGUUCGAUGACACUGUAUCUGAGUUUGAGAUUGAACGCUCAAAGAUCGAACAGUACCAACGCACGAUGGAGUGUCGACAGAUUGUACCCAUUGACCCCAACGACAUUACAAUCAAACGAAGGAUAGGCGAGGGCAAACACUCUGUCGUAUGGGAGGCAAGUUGGCGAGGCGAUAACAACAAGUACGUACUGAAGCAGUAUAGCAACAACUGUAAGAACAUCACGAGCAGCUUUGAAUCGUACACCAGUUAUCUUCAGAGUCUCAACCAUCCAAACAUCAUCAACACUGUUGGAUACUACACACAGCCACAUCACUCCAUACUGAUGGAGCAUUUUGAGGGUCAGAGUUUGCACAGUCUGCUGAUACGCGAUAGAGUAAAGGUGGAGAUGGCCACAUUUCUCAAGAUUGCCAAGGAGUUGGCGAUAACAAUGGACUUUAUGCACAGUCAACCAGACCUGGUGUGUCAUGGCAAUCUCACCAUCAACAAUGUCUAUGUUGAUCGAUACAGAAACAUCAAGAUUGGUGGACUUCGACUCAAUGCCAACGAUCCAAAUGACCCUGUCAUUGAAGCAAGAUAUCGUGCUCCUGAGAUUGUAAAGUCACAGACAAUCACCUCCAAAGUGGAUGUUUACUCCUAUUCAUUGAUACUCUGGACAAUGCUUUCAAACACCAUUCCAUUCAACAAGUUCAACGAUGGAACAAUGGUUGCAGUCAAGGUAUCGUUUGAGAACUUGCGACCUAGGUUGCCCAUGUCCUAUCCACUGAUCAUUAGGAAGUUGAUAAACAGAUGUUGGUCACCAAACCCAGAUGCACGUCCAAGUUUCUCAGAGAUUCUAAAGAUAUUUCAACACCUGGAUGGAAAGGUAUUCUUUUCCUCCAGAGGUGUAUUAUGGACAUUGGACAAAGAACAAGAGAUUGAGAGAGAGAGAAGAAAACAAGAGAGAUACGAUGAGAUCGUAGAGUUCCUACAGCAGAGGGACUAUGUUGUACAAUAUCAAGAUAUAGCGUUUGGCGAGAAGAUUGGUGAGGGUAGCUUUGCCAAAGUAUGGUUGGCACAAUGGAAUGGAUAUCGCAUCGCUGUUAAGAAGCUGAAGAACCCCACCAUCACAGAGAAGUUCUUCCUCAGAGAGGUUGGAAACCUAAUUAAAUCACGCCACCCGAAUGUAGUAAUGUUCAUGGGCGUCGUUACGGAGCCACCUUGCAUAAUUACCGAGUUUAUGUCUGGUGGCAGCCUAUACGAUGCGUUACACGUCAAGCAGGUCAAGCUGGACAAGAGCAUGAUGUUCAAGAUGAUGAAGGACUUGGCCGUUGGAAUGGCACAUCUCCAUUCCCUUUCACCUCCCAUGUUACAUAGGGACUUAACAAGCAAGAACAUAUUGUUGGACGACUUCCAGAACAUCAAGAUAUCAGACUUUGGAUUAGCCAGACAGAUUGAGGACGAUAUGACAUUGGCUGGAAUAUGCAAUCCUAGGUGGAGACCACCCGAAAUCACCAAAGGACUGCCGUAUUGCGAGAAAGUAGAUGUCUACUCAUUUGGACUCGUACUCUAUGAGAUAUUCACUGGUCGCGUACCUUUUGAGAAUAUUGAAGGAGUCUCGGCAUGCUCCAAGGCAGCUUACGAGAAUUAUAGACCAAGCAUUCCAUCAGACUGUCCAAGCUGGCUGAGAGAAUUAAUUACACGUUGUUGGUCCGGAGAACCAAACCAAAGGCCAUCCUUUAUUGAAAUCAACAAGACACUCGAUUCGAUGAAGGAGGUAUUCCUCCAGAAAGAUUUGUUGGAGGAUCUAAUGACUUCGGAUGGUGACGACGAUGCCAGUUGUGAUGAUGAUGAUGAUGAUGAUGAUGACGAUGAUGAUAGUGACCUCUACGAUGAUCAGAACAUUAAAUUGUGA